UAUUGUGAAGGCGUGGCUGUACCGGAAGCGCCUCUGUCCUGCCGCUAGCUUUAGCCUCCGGAGCUAACCCAGAGUCCGGUCAGCUGUGAAAAUGUUACCGCUCUCCAUCAAAGACGACGAGUACAAACCAGCCAAGUUCAACCUGCUGCUCAAGAUUUCAGGAUGGUUCAGGUCCAUCCUCGCAGACAAAACCUCCAGGAAUCUGUUCUUUUUCCUGUGUCUGAAUCUGUCCUUCGCCUUCGUGGAGCUGGCCUACGGGCUGUGGAGUAACAGUUUAGGUCUGAUCUCGGACUCGUUCCACAUGUUCUUCGACUGCACGGCGCUUUUGGCCGGACUCGCCGCGUCUGUGAUCUCACGCUGGAGGUCCAACGACAGCUUCUCCUACGGAUACGUGAGGGCGGAGGUUCUCGCCGGAUUUGUAAACGGGCUGUUCCUGAUCUUCACGGCGUUCUUCAUUUUCUCUGAAGGAGUCGAGAGAGCUCUGGAGCCUCCCGACGUCCACCACGAGCGGCUGCUGCCCGUGUCCAUCGCCGGACUCCUGGUCAAUCUCGUGGGAAUCUUUGUGUUUCAGCACGGAGGACACGGACACUCGCACGGAGGAGACGGAGGUCACGGUCACAGUCACUCUCUGUUCAACGGCAGCUUGAGCCACGCCCACUCGGAGAAGCACGGGGGACACGGGGGACACGGACACUCACACGGAGGAGGAGGAGGAGGAGAGGGGCACGGACACUCGCACGACCAUCACGAGGAACACGGCCACUCGCACAGUCACGGAGGACACGGCCACAGCCACGACGACCACCAGUGCCACGAUGAACCUCUGACACCAGGAAAAGGCUCCAGCAAACAGAUUCUACAAGGCGUCCUGCUGCACAUCAUCGCGGACACGCUGGGCAGUAUCGGAGUCAUUAUUUCGGCCAUUUUGAUGCAAAAAUAUGACCUGAUGAUCGCAGACCCCAUCUGCUCCAUGCUCAUCGCUCUGCUCAUCGGAGUCAGUGUGGUGCCGCUGCUCAAAGAGUCCAUCGGAAUCCUCAUGCAGAGAACGCCGCCAUCUUUAGACCACGCCCUCCCCGAGUGCUAUCAAAGAGUGCAGCAGCUCCAGGGCGUGUAUAACCUACAGGACCCACACUUCUGGACUCUCUGCACAGACGUUUACAUCGGCACCAUCAAACUCCUCGUGUCUCCAGACGCCGACACAAGAUGGAUACAGAGCCAAGCACACAACAUAUUUACACAGGCGGGCGUCCGACAGCUCUACGUUCAGAUCGAUAUUGCCGCCAUGUGAAGCCCCGCCCCCUUCCUCCUAUUGGACCAAAGCCUGACCUUUGACCUGCCUGACCUCGGGCGGGGUCGGACUCUCAGGAGGUCAUGUGAUCAGGUGGGAGGGGCUUAAACUGUGAUGAACUCUGAGGCUCCUCCCACUUCUCUUGUUUCUAUUCCGGUUUUACUCAAGAACCAAGUCUGGAUUUUUUUAUUGAGGCAACGUUGGUAGAAAAUUUAAAAUGUGAAUGGAAGUCGAUGAUGAAAGUGUUUUAAUUUUCUUUUGUAUAUUUUUUGUUUAAAUGCAUCAGUCCUGUUAUCUUUUUACACGAGGUCCUUUAUUUCUUUUUUACGUACCUCUCUAAAGCACACGUGUGUUGGGUCAAGUGUCUUGCCCAAGGACACAACAUUGAGCAGUGACCAGAGCUGGAAUCAAACACAGACCUUUGUGUCAGAGUUUAAUGAUCUGCACUUCAGUGUUUUAUAAGGAAGGAACAAUAUGAGGGACGACAAAUCCAGAUUUAGACCAGGGUUAGACCUGGUUCAGACCUGGGUUAGUCCAGGUUUAGACCAGAUUUAGACCAGAUUUAGACCAGGGUUAGACCUGGUUCAGACCUGGGUUAGUCCAGGUUUAGACCAGAUUUAGACCAGGGUUAGACCAGGGUUUGACCAGUUUUAGUCCUGGUUUAGACCUGGGUUAAUCCAGGUUUAGACCAGAUUUAGACUAGAUUUAGACCAGGGUUAGACCAGGGUUAGACCAGAUUUAGACCAGAUUUAGACCAGAUUUAGACCAGAUUUAGACCAGAUUUAGACCAGAUUUAGGCCAGGUUUAGGCCAGGUUUAGGCCAGAUUUAGACCAGGGUUAGACCUGGUUCAGACCUGGGUUAGUACAGGUUUAGACCAGAUUUAGACCAGAUUUAGACCAGAUUUAGACCAGUUUUAGUCCUGGUUUAGACCUGGGUUAGUCCAGGUUUAGACUAGAUUUAGACCAGGGUUAGACCAGGGUUUGACCAGUUUUAGUCCUGGUUUAGUCUUGGUUUAGACCAGAUUUAGACCUGAGUUAGUGCUGGUUUAGUCCUGGUUUAGUCCUGGUUUAGUCCUGGGUUAGACCUGGUUUAGAUCUGAGUUAGUCCAGAUUUAAGGGACAUUUACAUUUCACAUCAAAACUGUGAGUAAACCCAAGACUAGUCCUGAUGUAGUUCUGGUCUAGUCGAGGUUUAAAGUGUGAACACGGCCUUGGACCUGGUUCAGACCUGGUUCAGACCUGGUUCAGACCUGGUUCAGACCUGGUCCAGACCUGGGAUAGUCCUCGUAUAGUCUGGGUUAGUCCUUGUUUCCCGGUUUAGUCAGUAUUUAAUGUCGGUUUAGUCCUGGUUUCACUUACGGUACCAUAAAGUUUGUCGUCCCAGUAAUGAACGACUUUUGAAAUGACACGGUUUUUGUUGUAAAUUGUAUUGUUUUAAUUAAUUUAUAUUUCGUUUUAUCAGAUCUUCUUGCGCCUGUGUUCGCCUUGUGUCAGUAUCUUUAUUAAGUUUAAAUUUCACCAAACUGUGAGUCUCGUGUCCCGUCGGCUUCCAUUCACGUUUCCUCCGUUUCUUCAUCUCAAAGCGACGAUUUUUGUUUUAUUUCCGUUGUACGCGUCAUCAGAGCGAGACGUGGCUUCCUCUGGACUCCGCCCCCCUCCAGUCUAUCCCGGUGCAGUGCAUUCUGGGUAAAAAGUGCCUUCAUUCAGAGACAAUCGGAGUCGCUCUUGUUUUUAUCUGGGACCAAUUUUAAUUUUUUUUUUACUGUGCCAAAACCAUGUGACCAAAUGAUGAGCAGGUUUUCAAUGUAACUGUUCUGUCCACACAGCGACGAUUAAAGACGAGACCAG